GGAAGCGGCGGGUGGGGGUGCCGGUGGCGGCCAUGCCGCUGCACCGGUACGCGCCGCGGCUCUGGCCCUCCCUGCGGCUGCGGGAAGGCAUCUGCGCUCGGCUACCGGCGCACUACCUGGCGGCGCUGCAGGACGACACGCCGCCCACCCCCGUGCACUGGCGGCCGCUGGGCGUUCGCUACCGGCGGAACCCGCGCACCGGCGAGCGGGAGCGGGUGCAGGACGUGCCGGUGCCGGUGUACCGGCCGCGCGCAGCCGAUGAGGGGCUCUGGGGCGGCGAGGGGUGGAUUAUCGGCUUCCGGUAUGCGCGGAACGACAAGCUCUCCACCAGGCUGCCCAAGGUGUGGAAGCCGCAGCUCUUCGAGCGGCAGUUCUACAGCGAGAUCCUCGACGCCACGCUGACCAUCACCGUCACCAUGCGGACGCUGGACCUCAUCGACGAGGCCUACGGCUUCGACUUCUACAUCCUCAAGACUCCAAAAGUUGAUAUGGGCUCGAAGCUUGGGAUGGAUUUGAAGCGAACGAUGCUGCUGAGGCUUGCGCGGCGGGACCCGAAACUGCAUCCCGAUGACCCAGCCAGGAGAGAGGCCAUCUAUAACAAGUACCAGGAAUUUGCAAUCCCAGAAGAGGAAGCUGAAUGGGUUGGCCUGAGUUUAGAAGAAGCAAUAGAAAAACAGAGGCUCCUAGAAAAAAAGGACCCUGUCCCGCUCUUUAAGGUGUAUGCUGAAGAGCUCGUCAAACAACUGAAAGAACAGGAGCUGCAGAAGCAGUAGAAGGGAAGAAACCUUUGGAGCAAAACCCCUGCUGCAGAUCAAGCGAUGGGGUUCAGUGAGUCUUCUGUCUGAACCACGCUUGUGCGGGAAGGGGCCACAUGAAGAGUGUGCCCAGAAGCAUACUGCAGUUAUUGAAGUCUAACAAUAGCCUAAAUUUAGUGAGAAACCAUUCUUGUGGGCUGAGGAAAGAAUUUCUGUCCUGUGGCUUCCGAAGGUGUUCUUGUAAGACUGACUUGAUGUGAUUCUUCUGCCUGUACAAGUAGUUGGCUGCUGUUGAGAGCCCUAUCACAAUAUAAAAUGAAAUACAUGUUCUGGGAAUAUCAGUGAA